AUGAAAUUCAAUAUACAAUAUACAAGUAUAAAUGAUCCAAAUACAUUUACACUAAUAAUUAAAUAUUCAUUGAAAGUCCCUGGUAUAUUAGGUAUACUCAUAACAACAGUAAAGAAAUAGAAACUCCAACAAUAAAUCCAAUUACAUAAUUAGAGUACAUUUUUAUUUUCAAUAUAUUCAGAUCCACAAUAAGAGAAUGUCAAUACUUGA